GUAUCAUACUACGUACUAUAUCUGACUUUUAAAAGUUGUUUACAAGAAUUCUCUAGAGCUGUGAUAAAGACUGUAAGUGCAUACUAUUGUACAACGGCAUCCGUUACCAUAGUAAAAGAAAAGCACUAAGAUGUGACCAGACUACAGAGGCCAUUAAUGAAACAACACUAUUGCCAGUGUGCCCAUUGUCAUGUGCCAAGAAUUUGCCAUUACCCCUUUAGUUCUAUUUAUACAGAAAGGAUGGCAUCAUUCUGUGUAUGUCAGAUUGUAACACAGAGGUGAAGGAUUUGCCAAGCCUCUUUGUUAACUUUUGGCACUGGGUGAUUUGGGAUGAAUACUUAAUAGACAAGAACAGUAUAAAAGAAGUGAGUGGCAACUUUCUGUAGCUUUUUGCUAGUCUUCAUGUCCGCUUUACUGUUGCUAUAUUAGAAUAAGAUAUUCAAAGCUCCAAAACAAAUGGUUUAGAAAUUAAGUUUAAAGAUGCCUCGUCCUUUGUUUUACCGUAAUGGUUGCUGGGACCCUCUUCAGGAGGGAACACAAAAAAACAUUUUCAAUCAAAACACCGACCUCCCAUGUUUCCUUGAGCCUGAUGAGGUUAGCUGGAUAGAUUCAGCCAGGAAAAGAUUAGCCACAUCAACCUGGCCAGGAUCUAUGCGUUCACAUCUAUUCAGCUCUUUGUGCAUGGAGAUUCCUCCUAAAUCAUGUUUUGGACGUGAAGGACGGGAUUCUCAACCCGUGUGUGAACAAAUGAAAGGACAGCAAAACUGGAAAGUCUGUCUAGAUGUCAGUCCAUAUUCUCCAGAGGAUAUAAGCAUCAAAACCAAGGAGGGAUAUUUGGAGAUAACAGGUAAUCACGAGGAAAGGCAUGAUAAUCACAAAUUGAUCUCAAGAAGCUUUACAAGAAAAUACAAGCUUCCAGCUGACUUAGACUUAAAACUGAUCACCUCCAUGCUGUCUCCAGAUGGUAUUCUCUCAGUUGAGGUCCCAUUACCUGGCUCUAAUACCAGUCUCCCUGGAGAGAUUGUCAUCCCUAUUCACAUGAUGGAUAAGCAGUUGCCAGCAAAGUAGUAACUUAGUUACUGGUUUAUAUGCCCAAUAAAAGUAUUGACUGAGUUUUCCAAACCUUUUGUUUUUGAUGGUUAACCAAGCACUGACGUUGCAAGAGAAUAUUCAUCAUAUUUUGAACCAUUACCAUAUUUCAAACAUCACUGUGCAGACAGCUAGCUAAAUAGAUGUUACUUUGGUAAUAUAAAUUAUUUGACCAUUAUGCAAUACAUAAUUUGUGCUUCAUCUGAUUUCUUCUAAGAUUUAUUACCAGUAAGACUGAAGAGAGAUCAGACCAGUUCACUCUUUUUCAGGCUGGAAUAAAAAUGUUUGAAAAGGGUUUCAUACUGAGGCUGGUGUCCUACAACGGCAUGGACAAUCUGUUUGAUUUUGAGAGACCGUUUUACUAAAUGUGUACCAAUAACACAAUACAAUCAUGUAAAUAUAUUUAACAAGAGGACACUGAAAUGGUGAUCUCUAAUGAAUAAUUAGGCAAGCAUAACUCUCAGCAUCAUGCAGCCGAGUAUGCUUCAUUGUCACAUCCUAUAUGGUGCUAUUUAAAGUUGUAGAGUUCACACCAGAUUCUGUGUCCUGUGCUUCACACAACCACACUGCUUGCAGCACGUGUGGCAGUUAUGUAACCCAAAGCCUUCCUUCUUUGGUCCUUCUUGGAGAUGAUCAGAAGUAUGGAAAUAGGUUUCUUCUUACCUCUACAAGCUGUACCUUGACUAUUUUUGGAUGUGUUCCACAGCUUUCAUCACCUUGGUCAGGAGCAGUGAUCAAAUGACAUGUCUCAGUUACACUAUUCAUGGUAAAAACAGGAACAUGUUACCAUAUGAGUCAGUAUUUUGUUCUAUUAUCUCUGAAUGAUUCAAAUAUUUCUCGGACUCAGUUACUUAUAGAAUGGAGUGCCAAUUCAAGCAUCCACAAAAUGACAGAAUACUUUAGAAUAGCAAUAUCUAGGUUGCUGACAAUCAAGCAUUUGCCCAAUGCUAUAAAUCUACAGAAGAGCUCCAUUGGCAACGUUUAUUUGAUACGUUUUCUUGAUUUCUGACUAUGAAUUUUAUUUAGAAAUUAUUCCACAGAGUUAACUGAAGACUUUAGAGUUCAUUAGGUUGUAGACAGUGUAAGAGUGCAAAGUACACACAUCAUUUAUUUCUAUCCAUAUCUGUCAGAAUUUAAUUGGUUGCUUAAGGCACAAACAACUUCCUCUAAGUCAUUCCUACAAGUUGUCAAGAGAUCAGUAUGUGCGCAUAUAGAUUUUACACAAUCAAAUGUUAAAAAUCAAUUAGCGCAAAUAAAAACCUAUGUAUCUAUUUCUUGCAUCAAUAAGUCAAUUAAAAGACCAAUGAAUGUGCCAUCAGUUGUAAACUGUCUGAGCCUAUUAAAAUGCUUGUGAUGACUGUUGUUGGAACAUGCCAGAUUAAAUUGUGGGUUGGAACUGAGCCUGUAAAUAUACACCAUAUAACACAGCGGCAUGUAGAACUGCCACUUGGCACCAUCAUUUAACUUACUGAGUGCACACAUGGUGGACAUGCCAAAAAUACAGCACUGGGGAUCUCCAAUUACAUGACAAGCCCUAAGCUAUUCAGCAGGAAGGAGGGUGUUGAAAUAGUGAGAAUGUCACCGAGCUCCACAACGACCACUCUCUGUCUGUGGAAUGAACAUGUAAUGAGCAAAUAAAGAUUAACGACUCAAUAAAUGUUUCAUUUGUCAACAUCUUCACAUUUCGGUGGUACAUGCACAACAUAAAUGUGUGAGCAUAAAGGAACAGUUUUGCUCAGGAAUACAUCUGUUAUUCACAUUUAACGUUUUCUUAUGUAUUGAAGAAGCUUCACCUAGUAUACAUCUUUGUGUUAAGAAA